GUCCAGCGCUCAGUGGACGCGACUAGGUGAGGCCAACGGCGGCUCGCACUCUGCGCUUCGGCUCUGCUACGGUAGCUGUGCCCAAGCUCUGUGUUGCUGUUGCAGCGCGAGGUAUAUAAGAGCGGAGCAGGCGCGGCCAGCUGGUGUUUCGCACCCACUAGUUACUGCUCACCCUGCCGACUAUUCGGGAAGCAGGACCGCAAGAACAAGCAGAAGCAAGCCUUCCUCUCCGCCUCCAGCCCGCCCCCAAAAAGCUACACAGCUACUUAUAAGCUCGCGUGGCUGCACUUUUGUCGACUUGAACUCCCUUCAAGACUACUCUCUACUCUUUCACAAUGGUAUUUGCCCGCUCCGCCCUCCGCGCUGCUCGUCCAGCCAGCUCGCUGCUUUCGCAACGCGCCACCACAUCCUUCGCACACCGCGGGGCCUCGCUCUCAAAGACGGCGAGCCUCGGAGGCAUCAGAACGCUGACAGCAACCUCGCGACAACAGGGCAAGGUUCUUCUCGUCCUGUACGAUGGCCACGAGCACGCGAAGCAGGAGCCACGCCUGCUCGGAACUACCGAGAACGAGCUCGGCCUGAGGAAGUGGAUUGAGGAUCAAGGCCACACCCUCGUGACAACCUCCGACAAGGAGGGCGAGAACAGCAAGUUCGAUCAGGAACUCGUUGACGCCGAAGUCAUCAUUACCACACCUUUCCACCCAGGUUACCUGACUGCCGAGCGUCUCGCAAAGGCCAAGAACCUGAAGAUUGCCGUCACUGCUGGUAUCGGUUCUGACCACGUCGAUCUCAACGCUGCCAACAAGACCAAUGGCGGUAUCACCGUUGCUGAGGUCACUGGAUCCAACGUUGUAUCUGUUGCUGAGCACGUCGUCAUGACCAUCCUCGUCCUCGUCCGCAACUUUGUCCCAGCCCACGAGCAGAUCGCUGCUGGAGACUGGAACGUCGCUGCCGUCGCCAAGAACGAGUACGACCUCGAGGGCAAGGUUGUCGGUACCGUUGCCGUUGGCCGUAUCGGUGAGCGUGUGCUCCGCAGACUGAAGCCAUUCGACUGCAAGGAGCUCCUGUACUACGACUACCAGCCAUUGUCGCCAGAGAAGGAGAAGGAGAUUGGCUGCCGAAGAGUCGAGAACCUCGAGGAGAUGUUGGCACAGUGUGAUGUUGUCACCAUCAACUGCCCACUCCACGAGAAGACACGCGGUCUGUUCAACAAGGAACUCAUCAGCAAGAUGAAGAAGGGCUCAUGGCUCGUCAACACCGCUCGUGGUGCCAUCGUGGUCAAGGAGGACGUCGCCGAGGCCCUGAAGUCUGGUCAGCUCCGCGGUUACGGUGGUGACGUGUGGUUCCCACAGCCAGCUCCUAAGGAUCAUCCACUCCGAUACGCCUCUUACACCACCUGGGGUGGUGGCAACGCAACUGUUCCUCACAUGUCCGGUACAUCUAUCGACGCCCAGGCCCGAUACGCCGCAGGUGUCAAGAACAUCUUGGAGGAGUACUUCAGCGGCCGUCAAAACUACAGACCUGAGGACUUGAUUGUCCACCAGGGUGACUACGCCACCAAGGCUUACGGUCAGCGCAACAAGGCAUAAACGACUCGGCUGGUCUGAGCAAUAAUGAUGCCCUGCGAUGCCUUUGGUGUAACGUGUAUUUAGCGUGUUAAAAGAACCAUUCUGUGCAUAUUACUGAGCAGACCUCUCCAUCUCAGAUUUCAUACGGUUGUGUGCGGCA